UCCUUCUUCUAUCUGACUUCCUCUUCCUCCUCUCUCUGGGUGAUGGAUCUCGAGCGAUCUCUCUCUGAAAUUCGAGUUCGGUCUUGAAAUUCAAGGGUGAUUUCUCGAAUCCUCAACCCCCCUUCCCCCAAUUCGGGACCAGUUCCAAUGGAGGUUUCAGCGAUGGAUGAGAGUAAGAAGAUAGAGAGUCUGACAUCGGCUGCUGCUUUUGUGGAAGGGGGUAUACAGGACGCUUGUGAUGACGCUUGCAGUAUAUGCCUUGAGGCGUUCUGUGACAGCGAUCCUUCAACUGUCACUAAUUGCAAGCAUGAGUUUCAUCUUCAAUGCAUUCUUGAGUGGUGUCAGAGAAGUUCACAGUGUCCUAUGUGUUGGCAAUCCAUCAGUCUGAAGGAUCCAACCAGCCAAGAACUGCUUGAGGCAGUAGAACGGGAGAGGAAAUUUCGUUUUAACCCAUCACGAAAUGCCACAAUAUUUCAUCAUCCCACCCUAGGGGAUUUUGAAUUACAACAUUUACCAGUAGGUUCUAAUGAUGCUGAACUUGAAGAACGUAUAAUCCAGCAUUUGGCUGCUGCUGCUGCAAUGGGGAGAGCACACCAUAUUGCCCGAAGGGAAGGACAGCGCAGUAGGGCAGCAGGUCAAGGUCGUCCACAGUUCUUGGUGUUCUCUACUCAUCCCAAUGCAGCUGCUGGUCCUGUUUCUUCUUCUUUAGCUCAGAGGGGAGGGGAAAAUGAACAGGCUCCUGCAAUUACUGCUUCCAGUCCUGCUCCUCUUACAGCUGUCGGAGAACAACCAUCCAAUCAAGCCCCGGAAUUAUCUUCUGCCCAAACUGGAGAAGUUCCUGCCUCAGCAUCUGGAUCUACUGCUCUUGGAUCCAGUCGAUCUGGACUGUCCUUUAACAAUCGGGGUUUUGCUAGUCAAUCUCCUCCAGUAAAUCAAGACAGAGCAGGGCCUUCAGAAUUCCAAUCAUUUUCAGAAUCUCUAAAAUCUCGAUUCAGUGCAAUGUCAAUGAGAUACAAAGAGUCUAUUUCAAAGAGCACAAGAGGUUGGAAGGAGAGGUUGUUUUCUCGGAGCACAUCAAUGGCAGAUCUUAGUUCUGAAGUCAGGAGAGAAGUAAAUGCAGGAAUUGCUAGUGUAUCACGUAUGAUGGAACACCUGGAGACCAGAGAAAACAGUAGAUCCACCACAGAUUCUGUAGCAAAUAACUUGGAGGGUUCAUCAGUAACAGAGCCUAGUAACCAGAGUACUGCAGAGACCACUCAUGGCAGUGGUCCUUUGAUUGACAGCAAUACAUCAGCUUCUUGUGCUGCAAGUUCAGGUUCAAAUUAAGUUGUUCUACAUCAUUUCAACAAGGGAUGUGUCCUCAGUACUCCAUCUUGAAGGUGGUCUGACUUAUCCAGACAUGGGAUACUGAGGACAUGAUGCACUUUCAUAUGAUCAUAUCCUUUAGGCCAGUGGGUAAUGUAUCGAUAUUUAAAGAGCAUUUACUACUGUGGUAUGAUUCUGAAAUAAAAAUAGUAGGAAAAGAAAAAUCUCCCCACUUGGACUAUAAAUACAUAUUUACUUGUAAAUUUGUCUAUACAUCAAACUUACUCUUAAAUAUGUUUUACUAAUUAUGCCUCAUGGACGGUUGAACAUUGCUUAAUCAGAGAAGUAAAAGGAAUUCAAAGCAGUUUUGAAUGUCUA